CUCUGUUACAACAUGGCCGAUCAAGUAGAAGAUUCUUGUCUCUCUAGUUAUGAUCAUUUUUUUCGGCCCGAUCUCUUGGCUGGGAAAGUUGCUUUUAUAACUGGCGGAGGCUCUGGAAUUGGGUUUACUAUUGCGGAGAUUUUUAUGAGACAUGGAUGCACAGCUGUUAUUGGGAGCAGAAAACUUGCAAGAGUUCAAAAGGCAGCAGAUAAACUAGAGAAGGCUACUUCACAAAAAUGCUUUCCUUUACAAAUGGACGUGAGGAAGGUUGACCAAGUUGAAGCUGCUGUUAAACUUAUCUUACAAAAAUUCAAGAAAAUAGACAUCGUCGUAAACAAUGCUGCCGGCAAUUUCUUGUGUCCUGCUAAUAAACUGUCAUACAAUGGGAUGAAAACUGUAUUUGAAAUUGAUACCUUUGGUACAUUCAAUGUCAGCAAGGCAGUUUACAACUCAUGGUUUAAGGAUCAUGGUGGAAGCGUUGUGAAUAUAACUGCAACACUACACCACGCGGCUACACCUUUUCAAUGUCAUGCAGGCUCGGCAAAGGCAGCUAUUGAGGCUAUGACUCGUCACUUAGCAGUGGAAUGGGGGCCUGAUGGAGUGAGGUUAAACUGUGUCGCUCCUGGUGCCAUUAAAGAUACUGUUGGAUUUUCAAAAUUAGGUGGUCCGCAAUUAGUUGGAGAAACAUCGUUAGGAAAAAUUCCACUUGAGAGAGUAGGUACUCGCCGUGACGUAGCAGAUGCCGUGCUGUAUCUGGGAAGCAAUGCGUCAUCUUAUGUGACUGGGACGACGCUAGUGGUAGAUGGUGGAAGCUGGAUGUCAGGUGCUACGGUGUUAAACGACAUGAAGAAAAUGAUGAGCAAAUUAUGAUAAAGCAACAAUAACCCUUGAAUUUGCAAUUGCCUCUCACUUCUCCCAUUCAUUCAUCCAAGAGUUCCCUGCCUUCGAGGGAGAUACUGCUAGCAGGGAACCAAGAGACCAUAAAUAUGCUCACUUGAUUCAUCUCGUCAAAUCAAAUACCCUGAUUUAUGCUUUUCCAUGUCGUGCCUAGGCUCACAGAGGCUUCAAGUGAUUUGUACAUAGAUUCCUAUGGUUUUCCAGAGAUAUCAAUGGUGUAUAAUCAUGAAGUACAAUUUUAUGCAUGUCUGAAUAAAUUAACGUUUAUAUUUAAUAUA